GGCCCUGCAGCGCAAGAUGGACUACAUCGAGACCUCGCGCGCACGGCCCAUCGCUGUCGAGACGGCUACUGCUAACCAGCAGCACUACGAGGUCGGCACGGGUGUGUACCUGCAGACGCUGGGCCCGCGCGUCAAGUACUCGGCUUGUCUGUACCCUAAGGGAAGCGAAACUUUGGGUGAGGCCGAGGUUGCUAUGUUGAGUGCUUAUGUGGAACGUGGGGAGUUGCGGGAUGGGAUGGAUAUACUGGAUCUGGGAUGCGGCUGGGGCUCAGGCGCCCUCUUCUUCGCUGAGAUGUUGCCCAACUCCAAGGUCACUGCGUUCUCAAACUCCAAGACGCAGAAGCAGUUUAUUGAUGCUAGAGCGGAGGAGAAGGGCUUGAAGAAUCUGAAGGUCAUCACGGGGAACGUGGUGGAUUAUGAAUUCGAGCCUGAGAGCUUUGACCGAGUUGUUUCCAUCGAGAUGUUCGAGCACAUGAAGAACCAUGAAAAGCUCAUGGCAAAAGUAGCCAGGGCGCUGAAGCCGGGCGGAAAGCUCUUCCUGCACAUCUUCUGCCACAAGGAUACCCCGUACGACUACGAGGAAGGCUGGAUGACCACGCACUUCUUCACUGGGGGCACGAUGCCAUCUCUGGACUUGCUGCUAUACCACCAGAAGGACCUCAAGAUUGAGAAACAGUGGUGGGUAAACGGGAUACACUAUUCCAAGACCUGCGAGGAUUGGCUCUCGACGAUGAUCAAGAACAAGAAGAAGCUGUGGCCACACCUCGUCGAGACGUAUGGUGAGGAGAACGCCACCACGUGGUACAACAGGUGGCAGAUCUUUUACAUGGCUUGCUCUGAGCUGUUCGCAUUCGAGGGCGGUGACAUCUGGGGGGUCGGCCAUUAUCUUUUCCAGAAGCCUAGCUCAUGAUUGUCAUUUCACACAAGACUGCGUCCUCAAUAGGCUCCCCUUUCCUCAUAGAUUUAGAUAGAUGGUUUCCAGAUUUUGACAAGUACUCUCAAUUUCUCUAAUCCUGCGACUUCGCCUGACCCAUUCAAGGGUGUGCUCCGAAAACGAGCAGUAUAACCGUAACGCCCAGGUUCUAAUGACCAUAUGUAUAAAUCAUGUUUUCAUCUUGUUCCCUUCCUCGAAGAUGAUCGUCUAGUGGUCCCAAGGGUGCUUCUGGCCGAAUAACACCGCUCCGUCCUUCUUCAUGCGGUACAUGACGAAAAACCACAUGGUCGCGCCCAGGCCUGUCGCGAGGAAGCGGUAGGAAGGCGGGACGUUUGGCCUGAAGGUAGAAGGAAGGCCCUUGGGAGGUUGAGGAGCCAUGUUGUAUUGCGAUGACGGUUCUGGUGGUGGUGAGGGGUGUCGCGCUCGGGAGUUGGGAGUCUUGGAGGGGGCUUUGGU